GGGGGCUGUGUCCUCCAGAACAAAUGCAAAGCCUGCGAGGGGCUUCCUGCUCUGGCUUCUCCGGAUUGUGCCUCUCCCGAGCACUGCACUUCGGGGGCUUCUGCUGGGAUCCUGGGUCUGGUAACUUUUGAGGAGAUGGCAUUGCAUUGCAAAGAGGAAGAGGAGUGGGCACAUCUCGAUCUUGACCAGAAAGUCCUGCAUGGAGAAGUCAAGAAGGAAUAUGGUGACAAAUGGGAAAGUGAGGAAAAGGAAGAACUACAAGGGGCAUCUCUGGAAAGAGGCAAAUGUAAAAAGAGGACGCACCAGACAAGGAAAACUACAGAAAAUCAGAAGAGGGAAAAAUCCUCUGCUUCUCAGGGCAGUGACUGUCCUGAAAUCACAGCCCAAGAGAAAGUAGAUAAAAGAAAAAAAACUAGUCAAUGCCUUGUAUGUGAGAAAAGCUUCGUUUCUAGAUCUAAACUCAGGGCUCAUUGCAAAAUCCACAAAGGAGAGGAGCCAUAUAAAUGCCUGGAGUGUGGAAAAAGCUUCAGUUGGGUCACAAACCUCAGGAAGCAUCAGAGAACUCAUACAGUGGGGAAACCACAUACAUGCGUGGAAUGUGGAAAGAGCUUCAGUUCAAACUCAGACCUUAGGAAGCAUCUAAGAAUCCACACCGGGGAGAAACCCUAUAAAUGUUUGGAAUGUGGAAAGAGCUUCAGUCGGAGUACAACCCUCAUUAUGCAUCAAAGUAUCCACACAGGGGAGAAACCGUAUAAAUGCUUGGAGUGUGGAAAGAGCUUCAGUCAGAAGAUAUAUGUCACUCGUCAUCAAAGAACUCACACUGGGGAGAAACCAUACAAAUGUGUUGAGUGUGGUAAGAGCUUCACUGUGAGAACAAGCCUCACUUCUCAUCAAAGAAUUCACAGUGGGGAGAAACCUUAUAAAUGUGCAAAAUGUGGAAGGAGCUUCAGUCACAAUUCUAGCCUCACUACGCAUCAAAGAACUCACAUGUCAGAGAAACCAUAUAAAUGCUUGGAAUGCGGAAAGAGCUUCAGUGUGAAAAUAAGCCUAACUUAUCAUGAAAGAACUCACACAGGGGAGAAACCAUAUAAAUGUUCAGAGUGUGGAAAGAACUUUAGUCAGAGCUCAGCCCUUACUACACAUCAAAGAAUUCACAUGGCAGAGAAACCCUAUAAAUGUGCAGAGUGUGGAAAGAGUUUCAGUCAGAGCACUGACCUUACCACCCAUCAAAGAAUCCACACAGGGGAGAAGCCGUUUAAAUGCUUGGAGUGUGGAAAGAGCUUCCGUUUGAGCACAGGCCUCAGUAAUCAUCAUCGAAUUCACACAGGGGAGAAACCAUAUGAAUGCUUGCAUUGUGGAAAGAGCUUCAAUAAUAGCACAACCCUCAGUAUGCAUGAAAGAACUCACUCAGAGGAGAAACCAUAUAAGUGCUUGGAAUGUGGAAAGAGUUUCUGUUCAAGCACAAUCCUCAUGUACCAUCAAGCAACUCAUUCAGAGGAGGAACCAUAUCAAUGCUUAGAGUGUGGAAAGAGCUUCAGUUUGAAUAAAGACCUAACUUCUCAUCAAAGAAUUCACAGAGAGGAGAAACCAUAUAAAUGCCAAGAAUGUGGAAAGAGUUUCAAUCAAAAAAUUAAUCUUACAUUUCAUCAAAGAAUUCAUACGGGGGAGAAACCAUAUAAAUGUUUGGAGUGUGGAAAGAGUUUCAGUAGAAGCACACAUCUCACAUGUCAUCAAAGAAUUCAUACAGGGGAGAAACCAUAUAAAUGCUUGGCGUGUGGAAAGUGCUUCAGUUCGAGCUCAAACCUUAGUAAGCAUCAAGUAACUCACUCAGGGGAGAAACCAUACAAAUGCUUGGAGUGUGGAAAGAGCUUUAAGAGAAGUUCAUACCUCAAUAAGCAUCAAAGAACUCAUGAAGAGGAUGAAUCAUAGAAAUGCUGGGAACGUGGAAAGAACUUGAUCUGAGCUGAAGUCUCACAUAUCAGAUAUUUCAUAUGGAAGAAACCCUAUAUCAUGUGUUAUCUCUUAAUCUCUUUCUGUUGGCCAACCAGUGGUAAAGAUAUGUUCUUGUAAAUAUUUAGCUGAAACAUCAGCUCUCAGUUUAUGUUCAGUCAUAUUAUACAACAGAAUGUGAUUACUGACAUUGGCUGGGUUCGUAUGUCACAUAAAACCAUAGUUAAAAUAAACUAUGAUUUAAUGUCAAUGAGGAGCCAUGUCACAGUAAACCAUGGUUACAAUAAAAUUAUGAUUUAAUGGGAACAAGAAGCUAAUACAAAGCUUGUUUGGGUCCUCUCCCUCUUCUGCUGCUGCACUGCUGAGAAAGAAUCCAUAGUCUGGCUUAUACUGUAAACCGCCCAGAGAGGUUCAGCUAUGGGGCGGUAUACAAAUACAAUAAAUGAAUUAGAUAAAUAAAUAAAAUGAUAUCUGAACCCAGUUCAUGGGUAUUUCUUUUCUCUGCAAACGGACAACAAGCAGUAAGCCAAGAACAAAAUGUUAUUGCUUGUGUUUUGUUUGGAAAGAAACCACGAGCCUGGGUUCAGACAUCAUAAUAAACUAGACAAUAGCUUGUUUCCGAAUAGCACAGCAGGAGCCAGAUGAGUAGUGUAUUAACAGCAUGCCUCAGCAGACUGCUCAUUCACGUUAUACCAGUGUUUAUUUUAACUAUGGUUUAAGGCGGCCCGCAGCAUACUCUAUCUGGAAUUAUUCCACAUUUCCACCAUUGUUCCAAGAUUCCCUAAUGUAUGAAGAGACUCAUUCCUAGCCAACUGACUGUUGGUUUCAGAGAGGCGGAAGGUACAGAAUCCUUCCCUUUGCCCAUAACGUUCCUCCAACUCCAUCCUCGCUUUCCUCACAUGAGACAUUCACUGCUGUUACAGUUGUCAGUCACAGCCACUUCUGGUGAUGUUGGCUCAUUCUAAUCUUUUGAAGGUUAUGAUUUACCUCAAAUUAAAAAACAAAAAAUAUUGGCGAGGAUAACCCAAAUGAUUCCAGUAGGAAGACUUGAACUUUAUCUCACUCCCAAGCCCCUUGCAUUAGGUCAGUGGAGUAGCGGAAGAAGUGUGGGAAUGGUGGGAAAUGGGUGAACACACACAAGUUAACCGAAGAAGGGCCCUGCUGCUGGAUCAGGCCUAAGGCCCAUCUAAUCCAGCAUGCUCUUCUCACAGUGGUCAACCAGGUGCCUGUGGGAAGGCUGCAAGCAGAACCAGAGUGCAACAGUACCAGGUUCCUGGUUAGGCAGAAAACAGAGUAGAGACAAAUAUGGCAGCCUCUAUGUCAGCAAAAGCAGAGAUUAAUUUUGGAGUCACAGAAUCAUAGGAGUUGGAAGGGGCCUAUAAGACCAUCAAGUCCAACCCCCUGCUCAAUGCAGGAAGCCAAAUCGUGUAGUAUGUCCUAAUGGUUGGAGAUUUGUUACAGCUGGCCUUUUAUGUUGUCAGAAAUGUGGAGCAGCCACUACUUCUUAAUCCCAGCUGAUAUCUGUAGCACCUUGCAGAGACUUGGUCUCUGGAACCAAGCUUACAAGCUCUAACAUGAUUCAUCCUAAUUUUGCUACUUUUAAGAUCCUUUUUUAUUUCCUCAUCCCGUACCUCCUG